GAAGCAAAAACACACCUAAUGCGCACACUUUCAGAUUCUCAGACUCAGUCACUCACAGCUUCUGCCAAUCCUGGUUUUUAUUUUUUAUUUAUUUUUAUUUUGCUUCUUCUAUAAUUCUUUUGGAGUACUGGACCAGUUCAACUUCACAACUCUUCCACAGCCGUCAUAGGUCCACACCGGCCUUUCGUUAACCCAAUAAAUAUAAAUAGAAAUAUAUUUACAUAAAUUGGUAUAAGUAUUUAUUGAAUUUUAUUAUUAUUUGUAGAAAGUUGAAAAUAACAGGAACCAUUGAAAUAAUUAUCUCUUCCUUUAUUCUUCUUUUUGGUUCCCUUAAAAUUUAUUAUUAUUAUUAUUAUUAUUAUUUUUUAAAUUUAUUUUGGCAUUUGGGUUUUAGAGAAAGAGAGAUGAGGAGGCCUUGCUUUUUCCACCUUUGUUUCACUCGGUCACUGUGAAAACUGACACAAACUCUCUCUCUCUCUCUCUAUAUAUGUAUAUAUAUUGCGGUUUCUCUUCCUUGGAGGUUGUGUUAGGGUUUUUGGGUUUUUCUGGGUGGUGGGAUUUUUUGCUCUGAAUUUAGUCAGUUAUGGUUCGGAAGCAUGGAUGGCAACUACCUGCACAUACCUUUCAGGUAUGAUUUUUUUGGGGACUUUGAGCUCAUUUUCUUCUGAAAAGCAUGAAUUUAAGGUUGUUGCAAUUACUGUCUUCUGUUUGUUAGUGGUCGCAUUUUAUGCUUUCUUUGCUCCUUUCCUUGGAGGCCGAAUCUGGGAGUAUGUUCUGAUUGGAAGUUAUUCUCCUGUGGCACUCCUUGUUUUCUUCCUUUAUGUUAGGUGUACUGCUAUAAACCCUGCUGAUCCUGGCAUUAUGUCUAAAUUUGAUAGUAGAGUAACAAAUAAACAUGACACUAAUCAUGGACUAUCAGCAAAAGACUUGCCUAGAAAAUUUGAUGGAAUCACCAAUGGCCAUUCAUCCCCGUCAUCAGCUUCCAGAAGUUCUAUAGCGGGAGCUAAUUCUAGUAGGAAAGGUUCAUUGGGAGAAGUUGGGGGUUUAGAUAUUCCAGUUGAGACCAUAAGAAGAAAGUCUUCUUGUAGUUUUGGAGGAAUCUUCUGUGCAAUGUUUGUACAUGAAGAUUGCCGUAAACAGGAUGAGGCAGCUGAGCAGCAGUUCAAUGGUGAUGCUUUGUUCUGUACAUUAUGCAAUGCUGAGGUUCGCAGGUUCAGUAAACAUUGUAGAAGUUGUGAUAAAUGUGUGGAUGGUUUUGAUCACCAUUGCCGGUGGCUGAACAAUUGUGUGGGGUACAAAAAUUAUGUAUCCUUUAUCUGUCUCAUGGCCAUUAGUCUCCUUUGGCUUGUUAUUGAAGCUGGAGUUGGUAUUUCAGUCUUAGUACGUUGCUUUGUCAAUAAGAAAAGCAUGGAGGCUGAAAUUAUUGAUAGACUUGGAAAUGGUUUCACUCGUCCUCCAUUUGCUACUGUUGUGGCUGUAUGCACUGCAGUUUCCAUGCUUGCUUGUGUACCUUUAGGGGAACUUUUCUUUUUCCACAUGAUACUGAUACGGAAGGGUAUUACAACAUAUGAAUAUGUUGUGGCAAUGAGAGCCAUGAGUGAGGCUCCUGCAGGAGCAGCUUUGGAUGAGGAACUACCAAAUAUUUUGUACUCUCCUUCAGGGUCUGCCACAACAGGCUUGAGUGGUGGAAGUUCUCUGGGUUUGCAGUACAAGGGGGCAUGGUGUACCCCUCCUCGAGUGUUUGUAGAUUAUCAGGAUGAAGUUGUGCCCCAUUUGGAGCCAGGAAUGGUCCCAUCAACUGUUGAUCCUGAUGCGACUGAAAAUGCAGAAAGAGGGCAAAAGUUAUCCAAAAGGGCUGUUCGUAUUAGUGCUUGGAAGCUUGCAAAGUUGGAUUCCAGUGAGGCCGUGAGAGCAGCAGCCAAAGCCAGGGCAUCAUCUUCUGUUCUGCGGCCACUAGAUAAUCGACGGAUGCCCGAUACCGAAUAUAGCUCCAGUGGCAACAUGAGUGUCAGAAGUAGUGUAAGCACUGAUGCAGGAGCAAAUAAAGAGAUCAAGAAUGAACUGAGGUUAUCUCCAUUGAGAAAUUCGUUUGCUCCAAGUCAAGGUAGUAGGGAUGAAUACGAAACUGGGACACAGAGCAUGAGCAGCUUUAGCAGUCCUAGUCAUGUUCAUGAAGCAGUCACACUUAGCCCUCUACCACAGGGUUCUGGUUUGGGUCGAUUCAGUAUGGCUCCUUCAGUCCCCAACAUUGUUCCAGAUCGCCCAUUAACUUCUAAGGCAACUUUCCCUAAUGUUAAUGUUAACCAUCCGGUGUUGCAACCUGUGGGAUUUGAUGAAAAGAUAAUGCAAAGGGCUAGUAGUACUGAUCCAUUAUUGCUUUCAGCUCCAGCUACCUCUCUUCUCAGAGAUGUCAGAAGGACAUCUGUCGUUUGGGACCAAGAAGCUGGAAGAUAUGUCUCAGUUCCUGUAUCAGCUUCAGAAGCUCAGACCAGAUCAUCCAUGCAAACAGGACUCCCAAAUCCUAACGCAGAAACAAGCAGUUACAGCAGAAAGCCAGCUGUUCCACCACAAGAAUCUUCAUCUUCUGCGGUGAAAGUUCCUGUACAAGGAGAGAAACUGAUGUACACUGGAGACUCCAUAUUCUUUGGCGGUCCACUUUUGAGUGUCCCUGUUAGGGAUGGUCUGAAAAAUGAAAGGGGUUUGGGUUCAAGAGAGGGGCAAGAGAGGGUGACACUGAACUUGCCUCGGGAAUCUAGAUUCAAACGAGACUCUGUCUCAAACCAGCUUCCUGUGUUUGUUCCAGGGGGUUUUCAGCAUAACCCACUAUCUGGAUCAGGUUUAAGAUAGUUCUAAUCCUAUGAUUUGAAGUUCUAACGGAACAUUUGUACAAUUGCUCCUCCUAUCUGCACGUCGAUUAAGAGGAGGGUAAUGGAAGUUUAAGACCUUAAUGGAGCUCCUCUUUGGUUCCUGCAACCUGGCUGUUUGUAACUGUUGGAAAACACAACUUUCACACGGUUCAUGCAGUUCCUCUUGAAUGAAUUUCUGAUUUAACACUGCGGCUUUAGGUGAGCUUUGUAAAUGAGAUCAGCUCAAGAAUUCUUUAUCAAGCUCUUGGAAUAGUGUAGCUAAGGAUUUGGCCUCGUAAUCAUGAGUUUGAAGAUUUUAGGAUCCAAGUUUGUAUCCGUUGUUUUAGAGUUGAAUCCUGUGGAUAUGAUUUUAUUUUAUUUUUUUAAAAUCUAUUUUAGUCAAAA